GCAUGCCGGGUAUAGUGAAGGUGAGGAUCCUAGAGGGGAGAGAUCUCCCUAUCAUGGACCGUGCUAGCGAGCUUACUGACGCGUAUGUCGAUGUCAAGUUCCACGAGAGAACCAUCUUCAGAACUCAAGUGUGCUCCAAAACACUUUGUCCUAAGUGGAACUCAGAUUGGUUCACGUUUGAAGUGGAUGAUGAACAAAUCCAAGAAGACUUGCUGCAGAUAAAGGUGUUCGAUAAAGAUACGGUCACAGCUAAUGACCCCAUCGGUAAGGUUCACGUGUCGCUGGUGCCCCUGACAUCACCUGGUAACCCUAACUACCUGACGGGCUGGUUCCCUAUAUUUGACACGCUGCACGGUAUACGGGGGGAGAUUAAGAUUAUAGUCAAGGUAAAGUACAUAUCAGAUACGAAACAAAGUUCCUGUGGCGUGAAGUUCUUUUAUAGCAAAACUGUUCCCUCCAUUUAUCAUCUAGUUGAGGUUAAGAGUUUUGUGGAGGAGCUAGUAAUAGAGGAUGAUCCUGAGUACAAGUGGAUUGACAAGAUCAGGACUACUCGAGCUAGCAACGAGGCCAGGCAGCUCCUCUUCCUAAGACUAGCAUCCAGUCUUCAGAGAAAGAUUGGGAGCAAAGUAUUGGACUUGGGAGGGAACGCUGUGAUUGGCUACAGACAGUGCCUUGAUUUGGAAGGAUCUUUUGGUGUGGUUGUCAGGGCUAUUGGAACGUGUGUGACCAUUAAAGAGAACAGGAUGCCACCCUGUAGCCCCACAACCCCUGGUCCUGACUACAGGGCCUACCCCGCUGACUCUUACCCUAUAACUCCCGAAUACGACUCUCCUCACAAGGUUCUGCCCCUACUGUUGAAGCAGAGUUCUGUCUCCAAGAGUUCUGUCACCAAAAAGCACAGCUGUACGAGUGACUCUCUUUCCGAUACGGGUAUGUCAUUUCCAGACGCGACGAGUCCGGUGCAAUUUAACCUUCCCAUCAUCCAACCGAAGAUGGCAUCCAACUACGCUGAUUUUCCAUUUUAUACUAUGGGUUCAUUUCCCCCUGGGUUUGUGACUAAUAUAGGUGGCCUGGUGUCGUCCCGUUCAGUGCGACUUCUCGACAAGUUAGAGACCAUGUCUGAGGAGAGUGAUACGAGAGAUAAGCUGUGGUUAGAACUGAGGAAGGAAGUUAGGACUCACAUGAAAACCUUGGGCUGUACCGCUGUUAUCGGUUACAGCGAACAAAGUACGAUAUGUGAUAAGCUGUGCGUGUUAUCAGCCAUAGGAACUGCAGUUAUUCUCAACCCUUCUCCUAGUCUGGCUGACGAGUUCAUUGCUUGUAAGCCGUGUCAUAUCCCAUACAAUGUCCAGUCUUCUCCCUUUAACAUUACUCCUCACAACUGUUCAGUGUGUGGUUCAGGCAAAGUGCCAGAUAUUCUCCUCACAACUAUUGAUAUUCUUCCUAAUACUCCUGUUAAUGGGAAUGGCUGCUUCAUUCAGGUACAAGCGUUUCGGACGAAAAAGAAACAAACUGGGGAGAACAGCGCGCGUGAUAUCGGACAACAACUUCCAUUCCUUGAGUACGAGAUUCAUCAGCAGCUGUCUCACAAGCUAAAAAUAAAGGGAAUGAACGCUGUUGUCGGCAUCAGAUAUGAACUAUGUGUGGGAGAAACUGCAAUCCUGUACAUAGCAUCAGGUACAGCUGUUUACCUGUCUGCAUUACCUCCCGCCUCCCCACUCAGAGUUAGAUGUGAUACUGCUGAAUCUACUCAGUCUCCUGACCAGGUAGACAAGUUACAGGAAGCUAUCCAGGCAGCUUACGAGAAGAAUGUCACGUGCUACAACAUCUCCCGGAGUGAGUCUAUAUCCGGACCUGCUCCGGAUCUCAACCUCUCUGUUACCAAUAAGAUAUUUAACCAGGAUGUAAUAGUAGUGGAUAUAGAAGAUCCCAAGGAUGAAAAGAAGAUAGAGAACUCUCUUAAAUCUCUCUUUCUUGAUCACAUGUUCACCUCCAGUUCAAGUACAGUUCCAGGGGUGAAUGGAGACAUGAUUCCUUGUGAAGCUGCCCACAUCAUGACUCAGAUAUGUAGAAUAGACACUCCCGGCUUGGAAACAGCGGAUCUAGAUAAGAUUAUCAACAAGAACAUGCAACUUCUCUGUUUCAAGCUGCGGAAGUACAAAUCUUGCUUCCUCAGCAAUAUCAGGUUUAACGUGCACAUGCCUGAUGAUGACGAACUAGUGAUCCUGAUAUCUGCUAUCGGAACUAUUUCACUUCCUGUUUCACCUGUUGUACGAGCAGUCGACACUAAACGCCGCUUUCACAGGUUCCUAAGUUCGGCUAGCAAUGAAAUAAGAUUCUGUGAAGAGGAACUUAAUUCGAGUUUAGAAAGUUCCGGAUCUCUCAAUAACACUGCAGUACAGCUCACUCCAGCUGAUCACAUUCCAGGUGCCACGGUUCAACACUGUUUCGGUCACCUCAGCGUGUUCCUGAUCCGCGAGAGUGCUGAUGUUCGGGACCUUAGCUCCUUCACCAAGAACUUCAUCAUGGAGGCCCAGGCUAUCAUGCGCGCGCACGUGGCCUCACUCGGCGGGAAUGUACUUUUUGAGUUUAGAAUCAGUGAGCUGGUACUGAUUGACGGUCCUCAGAAAUUCCAGGCACAGAUUCUUCUGAGUAUAUCUGGAGAUGCUGCUCAUGUUAUUUAUGAGAAUAGACCUUCUUCAAGUUCUGGAUGAUUUGAUUGGUCAGGCUCAUUAGUCAUUGAUGAGAACUUCAUUUGUAGCGAAUAACCCCCUAUAUUAUUGUAUCUGACAAUACGGGGGCACCAAAUCAAUUACAUACUAUGAGUCAUGGCCUAUAUCCUAGAAAAAUAUUGUUUUGGUUUGUCAAAACAAGCGCAGAUAAUGAGAUUAAGUCAAUAAUGGAAGUCUAGUUAUGAUUAUGUAUUUGAUCGUAAUUGAUUAUGAUUUCAUUCCUGAUAAUUGUAAUUAUACAAAAAUCAAGAGUACGCAUUGUAAAUAAUUUCGUAACUUUAUAGUAAUUUAUUAUUAGAUAUUACUUAUUUACGUGUGAAGCUAUAUUACUUGUCAGCUAUUUUGA